AUGGAGGACCAAAAGAAUCGCCCUCAUAGGGCUCCCAAAGAGAAGAAAAAACACACUGGGGACCGCAAUCCAAAAGCAUUCAGUUUUGCCAAUCCAGGGCGCCUUGCAAAGUCCGCUGCUCGAUCCCAUGAUAUAAAGGAAAAACGUUUCCAUGUACCCCAAGUCGACCGAAUUCCAGAGGAACCCCCUCCAAGGCUUGUCGCAAUCGUCGGCCCCCCAGGCGUCGGAAAGACGACUCUUCUCAAAUCCCUGGUUAAAAGAUAUGCGAAAGAGACAUUGUCCGAUCCUCAGGGCCCCAUCACUGUAGUCACUUCGAAACGCCAGCGCUUGACUUUCGUCGAAUGCCCAAAUGAACUGGAGGCAAUGCUGGAUAUGUCCAAGGUGGCAGAUAUAGUGUUACUUAUGAUAGAUGGAAAUUUCGGAUUCGAGAUGGAGACAAUGGAGUUCUUAAACAUUUUGGCUUCGAGUGGUAUGCCGGGGAAUGUCUUUGGGAUCCUUACCCAUUUGGAUCUAUUUCGAAAGCCACAGACUCUGAAAGAUGCGAAGAAACGGCUAAAGAAUCGAUUCUGGAGCGAGUUAUACCAAGGAGCACAUCUCUUUUAUCUGUCCGGAGUCAUUAACGGCAGAUAUCCUGAUCGCGAAAUCCACAAUCUCUCAAGAUUUAUUUCCGUCAUGAAGAAUCCUCGACCUCUGAUCUGGCGUAAUUCACAUCCAUAUACGGUUAUUGAUAGCUUCCGGGAUAUUACCCAUCCGACAAAGAUUGAAGAUGACCCCAAAUGUGACCGCACAGUUGUCCUGUCUGGGUAUCUGAGAGGGACAAAUUUUGCAGCACAGGGCCAAAGAGUCCACAUACCAGGGCUGGGCGAUUAUUCAAUAUCUACUAUGGAGGCCGUACCAGAUCCGUGUCCUACACCAUAUAUGGACCAAGCUCUUGCCAAAGCAACAGGCAAAACCGGCCGUCGACGUUUGGACGAGAAGGAAAAGAGAUUGCAUGCCCCGAUGUCUGAUAAGAGCGGGUUAAAAAUUGAUGGUGAUGCAAUUUGGAUUACCAGGGAAAAGGGGUUCAAUUUUGACAAAGAUGCCGAUGGCGAGGAGCGAGGCGAAGGCGAGGAACUAAUUGUUAGUUUGCAAGCCGAGCGCAGACUUCUGGGUGAAACUGAGGAGGGUGUCCGACUGUUUAGUGGUGGAGGAGCGAUCAAGAGUGUUCCCGAGGAGGAAGAUACCGGCAGGAAGCAGCAACGCUCAGCAAGGUUUGUUGAGCGUGAAGAUGGCGAGGAUGGCGAGGAUGACAGUUCACCCGUCGAUGAUGAAGGCUUCGUCAGUGGUGAUGAUAUCCAGUCUGACGACGACGCGGAGAUCACUGAAGACAAACUCGGAAAAGCAUUUCGGAAACUAGACGAUAAGACUGGCGGAGAUAUCGCCUUCGCUGAUAGUGAUUCGGACCUUGGUUCUAUAUCCGGUGAUGAUCUUGAUUCAGAAGGCGAAGAAUCCUCCGAUGAGGAAGAUGGUGCCGUGCGAUGGAAGUCGAAUAUGUUGCACACAGCUCAGAAGUUACAUGGCAAGAAGAGGUCCUAUCGAACAGCAGACCUCGCCAAGUUGAUGUAUAAUGAAUUGCUCACUCCAGCGGAUGCUUUACUUCGAUGGAGGGGUGAAGUCGAUGAGAUGGAGGAAGAGGAGGAGGAAGAUAUUGAGGCAUCUGACGAUGAGACGUUUUUCAAGAAAGCUGGGCGUGAAAAGGAUGAGUAUAGUGAAGAUCGGGCGAUACCAAUCCUUGACUACGACGCGUUAGAGGCGAAAUGGUCCGUUGAGGACAAUAUUGAAGCAUUACGACAGCGGUUUGCAACAGCUGAUCUACUAAAAGAGAAGGCCGCGAACCGAAGUGGUAGUGACGGCGAGAGCGAUGAAGACGACGAAGGUGAUGGAGAAUUCGAAGAUUUGGAGACUGGCGAGAAGCAUGAACCAGAUGACCUUCAGGCCGAACGAGAGAAGAACGCCCGGAGGAAAGAAGAGCUCAAGCUUCGCUUCGAGGAGGAAGAUAAAGAAGGGUUCAAUAAUGACAAGGCCAAAGCUCGACGCGAAGGGGAUGAUGAAGGGGAGUUUGGUGAGGACGAUUGGUAUGAUGCGCAGAAGGCGCAGAUUCAGACGCAAAUGAACAUCAACAAGGCUGAAUUUGAAGCGCUUGACGAAGCCCAGAGGGUCAAUGUUGAGGGUUUCAAAGCAGGCAUGUAUGGGAAAAUCGUCAUCGAGGGCAUGCCUUCAGAGUUCGUCACUAAAUUCAAUCCGCGGAUGCCAAUUAUUGUUGGCGGACUUUCUGCCACCGAAGAUCGGUUCGGCUUCGUGCAGGUCAGAAUUAAGCGGCAUAGAUGGCACAAAAAGAUAUUGAAAACUAACGAUCCUCUUAUCUUUUCCCUUGGAUGGAGAAGGUUCCAGACCUUGCCUGUCUACAGCAUAUCGGACUCUCGAAUCCGAAAUCGAAUGCUCAAAUACACGCCCGAGCAUAUGCACUGCUUUGGGACGUUCUAUGGACCCCUCAUUGCUCCAAAUACGGGAUUCUCCUGCUAUCAAUCGUUCUCGGCGAAGAAUCCUGGUUUCCGAAUUGCCGCCACUGGGACAGUCUUGAAUGUGGAUGAGUCCACGGAGAUUGUCAAAAAGCUCAAAUUGACGGGAACUCCAUACAAAAUUUUCAAGAACACAGCUUUCAUCCGCGACAUGUUUACUACAUCCUUGGAGAUUGCCAAGUUUGAGGGUGCAUCCAUCAAGACAGUCUCUGGAAUUCGAGGACAGAUCAAGCGUGCGCUCAGUAAGCCAGAAGGCCACUUCCGAGCCACAUUCGAAGACAAGUUACUCAUGAGCGAUAUCGUCUUUCUACGCGCAUGGUAUCCCGUCAAGCCCCAUAGGUUCUAUAAUCCUGUGACGAAUCUUAUCGGAUGGGAGGGGAUGCGAUUGACUGGCGAGGUCCGUCGUGACCAGAACAUCGCAACCCCCCAGCAGAAGAACAGCUUGUACAAACCCGUGGAGCGUGCAACAAGGCAUUUCAACCCCUUGCGGGUGCCUCGUGCUAUUGCUGCAGAAUUACCUUACAAGUCCCAGAUUGUGCGGAUGAAGAAGCAGUCUACCCAAACAUACAUGCAGAAGAGAGCCGUGGUUGUAGGGGGCGAGGAGAAGAAGGCAAGGGACCUGAUGCAGAAGAUCAUGACGCUCAGGAACGAAAAAGUCUCGAAGAGAAGGGCCGCUAAAGAGGAAAAGCGGAAGGUGUACAGGAAGAAGGUAGCUGAGAACGAGGAGAUGCGUGGAGAGAGAGAAAAGAAGGAGAAGCAGGAGUACUGGAGAAAGGAAGGCAAAAAGCGGCAUGCAGACACUGAUGGCGCUGGUGGUGGUAAGAGGCAACAGGCCCCGGUGCUGCGAAGCUAUAAGGAAAGCUUUGAGGGUGGAUCUGAACUCUUGGAUAGAGACUGCGUUGUUUGCUGCCACCCCAAUGCCACAGGUGCUGGUAGUGACAUUCUGGCUACUUCUCUGGCCGUCUAA